AUGGUUCACGUUAAACGUGAAAACGACGUUGGUGAUGAUAAGUGGCUCACGAAUCGGAGCGAGAGUGAUGAGGGUGAACAGUUCCUGUUCACGGAGAAUGCUGACCAAGAAGCUGAGCGCAUUCGAGCGCAAGGUGCGGCAGAGGAGGGUGUUGUUGUCGAGUCUGCCGACGAAUCUACGGUCGAGGAGUACAACGUUGUCACUUCAUCACCAACUUGGCCUAGUGAUAAGAAGAAGAGAUAUAACGAGUCCAAGGUGUCUGAGGAGGAAGGGACUGCCUAA